UCCCUCCAGCUCUGUCGGAUUCGUCGAUGACGAAACGCACACGUAAAUUCGUCGACGUGCACGGUGCUGCCGCUCGCAAAAUCAGUGCGAUCCAAGUGCACCGCGAGGCAGGAACACGGGUCUCCCGUGCGCGGCCUAUCGUUCCCGCUUGCGGCACGCGCGCCUCUUCCAGAGAAGUAUCAGUCAGAUAGCGGGAGACGCUCGCGUAAAUAGGUCGUUGGAUACUGCGUUGGAUAUUGCGAUGAAGAGUAAAUAGCCAAGAGGGAUAACACCGAGGAGAAUAGAAAUUAAAUUUAUGAUUGUGAUUAGAAGGUAUCGAGAGAGUGACAACGAAAAGCGUAAAAAAUCGAACGGAAGAAAUAUAUAAACGAUGCAAAGGUGAUAGAUGAUAUUUUAACUGAUUGAAGUGAUUCACGUAAAUUUUGUCCAAAUAAUUGAACAAACAUCGUGAAAGAGGAGAAUGAUUAGAGGAUAAAAACGAUCAGUGCGUUAAACAUUGGAGUUUUGCAUUGGAGAUUAGGUGUACGUGGUUGAGUGUAUUUUUAGUAAAUCAUCAUGAUUCGAGUGAUGUUAAUAAGACAAAUAGGAUACAUAUAUUUGUUUGAAUAAAAAUGAAUUUUCAAUGUAUAUAUCAUUCAUCGUACAAAACUGUUUAAAAAGAAGAAAAGCUUGCAUAAAAAUUUAACACAAAAACACGAAGCAAAAUUAAAACAUUCGUACAGAAAUAAGAAUCAAAUUUGUAGAGGAUCGCAGACGCGAUUCUUCGCUAAACAGAUGAAAAUAAUUCGUUUAAUCGUUCACAAUAGAUUAAAAUAAACUAUUGAUAUCGAUUGUCGUCAGAGAAACGUGAAUUCGAGAUGCGUGGCGUUCGAGCAAAUUAGAAGAAAAAAAACGGGAGUGUGGGAGGAGGUGUUGAGAGAAGAGAAAAAGCUUUGAGCAUCGAUCUUGCGCUCGAUGCAGUUACUAUGACGCGGGUUGCCCAAUACGUUCUUCAAUUGUAUCCAUUCUGGAAUCGACAGAUCGCGUGGCCCUCGAGCCAAGAUCGUCGGGUUUAUAGUUAGUAAGUCUCUGCCAGCCUUUGCGAAUUGGAUCAACGGCUACGCGGGAUAAACGAUGACGACGAGGAGGACGAGGACAACGUCGGCGGGGACAAUAAUGACGCCACGCGCGACGGGACUAAAAACACUGGGUCUUCCCGACGGAAUGCAGGAGGCCGAUCGAACGCCUCCCGAUGUACCCUUCUCUUACGUGGUCUUCCCACGUAAACUCUAUUUGCUGACAUAUACGAUAAAACAAUAGAAAAGAAAGGAGAAGACAAAAAAAUUUAAGAAUCAAAGAGGAUAAAUUGUAAAGAAGCAAAAAGAAGGGGCCAAUUUUUGCGAUUCUUCCAAAUAAUAGAAAAAAAAAAAAAAAGAAAAGAAGAGAAAAAAAGACAUUCGAUCUCGAAAGAUUUGAAACGAUUCGUAGAUAAAAUAAAUUUGCCUCUGGUUAUGUGUUCAAGGCUCGCUUGAUAGGAUUUAACGCGCAAACGUGGCUGAUAAGCUUCGAGAAGUAAAGAAGUCAUUCUUUGCGGCGCGAUAAGGACCGCCCUUGGUCGCAAAGAUGGACUGUUGCAACUACGUCGAGGCUUACGCGGCAGGGAGCCACUUUUAUCAACAACAACAUUACUUUUGCUAUGAUAACAUGAACACCGAUUACGGUGGUUAUGAACCGCCACCGAUCUCCAAUGCAAUCGAAACGAGCGCGCGAUACAACGGGACUGUAACGCCUGCGUAUCCUAUAGAUUACGUGUACAAUCCCAAAGAAGCGAGACUGCGAAAAGCGAUGCGCGAACAGAGUCGCGAAUUAUCCAGACGAUCGAUCUUGCAGAGCGCGAUCGCACGUGCGAGCGUGAUCGCUGGUCCAGUCACUUCCGGCGGUUUCCUAGAUCAUCAGCAUCGUUUCGGCUGCGUUUCCUCGGCCAACAUACCGAUGAAUUCGUCCAUGGAACCGGUUCGAGUCGCGGAACCUUGGUUUCAAUCGACGCCUCGUCCGAAACCGAUCCAUUCACCCCGAAUGACCGAUUGGUACGGGAAUGUGGCUGAUCCUAUCGAAAGACUGCAAGUAAUGGGUGCAAUGCAUCAACGUGGCCUCGAUAAAUGCAAAGACGUGAUGAGAAAUCAGGCUGUGGCCAGCGUGGCCAAUACCGUGUCUGCUGAAUGCGGUGCUACGUUUUCGAAUAACGGAUAUCCGGUCGAUUUCAGCGAUGUUAAUAGGGAAAGGGAGUUGCGUCGUCAGGAGAAUAUGGAGUACAAUGAAUUCACUGAUGGCCAGAAAUGGCAUCCUUAUCAGAAUGGCGGAACUGCUCAUCAACAUCCCAGAACGUCUCAUCCUCCCCAAAUGAGCAACAUUCUUCACCCGAACAUUCAAAAUCCUGGUCCACAUGGACAUGGACCAUGGGGCCAAUUUUGCCAUAACGUAUUACCACAUGCUUCGUCUAUGCCUCGAAAUAUUGGAGUUCGAGGGCCGCGUCACACUGUGUUAUUACGGGAUCGUGUACCCGUUAGACACUGUGAAUUUCCUGAAGAAACAGCACGAAUGAUGUACAAUCCAAGCAAACUCGAUAUUGAGAAUGUACGAGCAUCGUAUACGCCUCCUGAACAUCAGAUGCCAAGAAUGCUAGAAACUUCAGUAAACUCUGUUAUGGAUUCUGCGUCCGCAAUGAGGAUUCGUCGUGAAGACGAUGGGCCCAGAUGGGAGCCGAACGCUAUAAAUAAUAGAAUGUCUAUGGAUAACCUAACUGCAACAACGGAAUCUAGCAUAUCAUGCGAAAAGGAACGCGAAUCUCGGCGAUCUGUCGAAAGAUUUGAGCCGAAGAAGAAAACUGUCAGUAAGCAACCGUUGCCUGGUUUUCACCAAGCAUUCGGUUCUACAGAGAUCGGCAGGUUCUCCAGAUCUGAGUUUUUCGUGAAUAUGGUGGGCGAGAGUGGUGCAAGCGUGGAAGUCGCCGACACGGAAAGUACUAAUGUAAGUACGGAUCGUAUGUCAGAGAUAAAUGGGGUUGCAGUUACAACUGCGACGCACGAUACAUCCGUGGUCACCACGAUUGCAACGACGACCGUGAGGUCAUUCGAUGGCGACGAUAGUGAGGAAGCGAGCUUCGAAGACUCGAAUAACGACCUCGUCGCUCCUACGUCGAUGGGCAUGUAUUGUGACCAGCCAAAUAUUCCUCGAUGGCAUAGUCCUCACGUAGGCGCUAUAGGUAGCGAAAUUUAAACGAAUCUUCAAAUUUUUUUCGUGGGCUAAUUGAAACUCUUACAUAGAAUUCUCAGUCAGUUACUUUCAAACGCCAAAACAUUUUCUCAUAAUUUUCAUUCUGGAUAUUUUGAAUUUGUAUCCAAAGGAACGAUAAAAAAGUGAUUAAAAAAUUUGUAUAUUUUGGGAUAUAUAUUGCACAUACGUAUUUACAAAUUCGAUUAAACAUAUUUUCAAUUUUGCAUGUAUGAUUAAAUUAUAUAAAUGAAGUUGUAACGUGAAAUUUUUUUAUGCAACAAUUCGAGUCUACGAAUGUUGCAUUUAUUUAUACCUUAUGAAAUAAUUAGCCCUCGAAAGAAAUUAGUGAUUCAUCGCGGACGUGAAUUAUGUCCAAUUGUUUGUAGAAUUAUAAAUUAUUUUCGUUCAAAUAAUCUGAUAAUAUUUUGUAUAUGUAGGAAGAAUCGUCUGUUGUUUGUAAUUAAUAAAUUUCAGCGAACUUAUUUAAAUCAAUUUCUUAAAUAAUUAUAAUUUCUUUUAUUUUUACAAAAAUAUUUUUAGGACAAAUAUUUUUGAUUCGUCGAAGAAUAUAAAUGACGUACGAAACGUCUCGACAAACCACAUACUUACACAUGUUUGUCGAGAUUGUGCCUUUAAGAGAACUAUGAAACUAUUAACACAUUCUCUGCCCCAUGUACUAUUUUCGGUAUACAUUGAAACUUAUUUUCAGGCCAAGUGAUAUAUCAUUGAUAGAUAAAAUAUGAAAAAAUUUUUAAAUUAAUUUUCAUUAUAUUUCCUAAUUGAAUGUUUUAUUAACAUAAAAAAAAAGCAGAGACAAGAAGGAGAUUACAUAUGGCCUGAAAAUAUAUAUUUAUUCAAAAAUGAACUGGCAGAGAACGUGUUAGAGGUUUUCAAAAUUCUUAAUCGAAUCAAAAGAGGAAAAAAAUCAAAAGCAGCACGAUAUUUGCGGGUCUCGUACGUCAGCUAUAUAUUAAGUUGAGCAACUUUCAUUAAUAUAUUAAUAUUAAAAUUUUUGAAAAUAUUUUGUAUGAUUUAAAAAAAAACUUUCUUCCUUCAAAAAUUUCAGUUAUCAGAAUAUUAUUAAAAAUAUCUUUUUAUUAUAAAAGACAUUAUAAAAUAUUAAUAUAAUUUGUAGGUUGCUUACACUUAAUAAAGAAAUAUAAUCAAAAUGUGUCGAUAAAAGUACUUAAUUGGCAUCUUCCAUCAAGUUGUUAGAUAUCGCCGAUGAUACACUUAAGAUUAGUGUAUCGACGAUGAAUUAUAUGAAUACAUUGAAUAUAUAUAUAUAUAUAUAUAUAUAUAUUUAAAGAAUAUAUUGUACUUAUAUGUAUAAUGAAGGAACGAAAACGCGCGACGAAGAAGUAUAUGAAUUAUUUAGUAGAAUAAUUAGGCGAUACGUAUUGCCGCGCGGAGAAACGUAUAAAUAAAAGUGAUCAUUAAUAUUGCGAACAUAGGAAGUCGAGAAGCCGACGAAUACACGCACUUCUGUUCGUGAAAAAAUAUGUUUCUCUCUCUUAAGGGUGCGUACGGUAGUUUUGCAUUCAGAACUCUUUUAUUUCUCGAUUGCAAAAGAAUUAAAUAAAAUGAACAAAAAAAAGAAAG